ACCUAUCGCCGUUGAAACCCAUUCCCAUUUCCGUGAGUCCGCAGCCAUGCCGACGGCCCAACGGAGAUCCCUUCCUUCCCACCAGCGGCUGAGUGGGAGUCGCUUCCAUCGUCUGGUGCUUGGAGCUACCCAUCUUUAAUCUGCAGCUUGCACUUCUUCUUCUUCGAAAUGGUGAAAGUGGGCAAUCCCAAACGCUCGUCGAAUGGCCGUUCUCCUAAAAAGCGCCCGAAGGAAGCAUCUGCGUCCACCGCCAAACCAUCCACUGCGUCUCCGACCCUGCCCCCAAUCCCUUCUGUCAAGGGCGGCGACGACCAUGGCAUCGCCCGAAAGCCUCCGAGGCAGACCUUCCCCUCCCACCUGGACUUCCCGGACCUCCCCCAGAGGAUCAGAUUGCUCUGCGAACUCAUCGCCGAGACGCCGGCUGAGAACAUUGAGGCUGCCCUCGCUAAGACCCACAUUCCCAUCUCCCCUGAAGACGUCGAGGUCGUCCUCAAGCUGUCCUAUGGCUCCCCCAACGCCGCCGUCAAGUUUUUCCGGUGCGUUCUGCAUAGGGUGCGGGUGAACCCCUUCUCCUGGAACCUGGUGGUAGACGUUUUGGGGAAGAACUAUCUGUUCGAUGAGAUGUGGGACGCCGCGAAGUCGAUGAAGGCCGGCGGCUUCCUCUCUGUCUCUACCUUCGCCUCCGUCUUCAGCAGCUACGUGCAGGCCGGCCGCCUCAACGAGGCCUUCAUGACCUUCGACGUCUUGGACCGGUACGGCAUCCCCAAGGAUGUGGUUGCCGUGAAUUCCCUCCUCAGCGCCAUCUGCAGGGGCAGGGAGACGUCGGAGGCGCUCGAAUUUUUCGACAAGAUGAAGGGGAAGGUCCCGCCGGACGCUGAUACCUUCGCCAUACUGCUUGAGGGCUGCGAGAGGGAAGGGAACGCCGCUAGGGCAAUGACGACCUUCGCCGAGAUGAUCAGUCGGAUGGGAUGGAAUUCAGAGAACAAGUCGGCCUACGACGCCUUCUUGACCACUCUGGUCAGGGCCUCUGAAAUCGAAGAGACUGUCAAGUACCUAAAAGCGUUGCAGAGCCGAAAUUGCUCGCCUAGCAUGAAGUUCUUCCGGAACUCUGUCAGUUUGCUCGCUGAAAGGAAUGACCCUAAGGCCGCCUCUAAGCUCUGGGAUAUCAUGAUCAGUAGCAAUUUGCUGCCCAAUGUGACAAUGUAUAAUACGAUGAUUGGCUUGUUCUGUCGAGCGGCCGAUGACAUGGUCGAUGAUGCUUACAAGCUCCUGGAUGAAAUGGCGUUUAAUGGCGCAUUCCCAGAUUCUAUUACCUACAAUACGAUCUUCGAAUGCUUGAUUAAGAGGGGGAAGACGGAGGAGGCAGCUAAAUUUUUCGUCGAAGCUAAGAAAAACGAAUGCCAUCUUAGUGAUUCUGUUUCUGCAUCGGCGAUCAAGUUCUUCUUCGAAUCAGACGACCCUGAAACAGCCAUUGAGGUAUGGACAUACAUGGCCGAGAGUGACAUUAACCCUAGGGAAGAAAGUGCGAAUACUUUGCUCACCUGUCUUGGCGACCUUGGUAGGCUGUAUGAAGUGCGAAAAUUCUUUGAUGUUGUAACUGAUAGCGGGAUUUAUAUACACUCUUCGACAAUGGUUAAAUUGAAGAGGACGUUUGUGGAUGCUGGGAAAGGGCAGUCGUAUGAAAGGAUUGCUAGCAGGUGGAAGGCACGCUCGGAUGGCAUUAGAAGACUAUGAAUCUUUUCUCUGCUUGUACACCAUUUCCUCAUCAAGUAAUGAAAAAAUUGUUGCUGCAAAUGUGAUUUUCACACCUUUCGUAGAUGAUGCUUGGAAGACAAUGGUUUUUAUAUGUAACACAGAGGUGUUGGUACCUCCAGAUUUGAUAGAUAAAUUCGACUACACUGAUUUAGUAUGGAAAGGAAUUACAGAGUCAAGAGUUCAUACUUCUGUUGUACUCCAUCAGCUUUCUCUUUACCCCUUGUAUGGUCCAUCAUUUAUUCUUUCUGUCUUAUGACUUUUUCCUUA